AUGGCUUCCAUAUACUCAGCAGAAGCAUUGGCUAUUUUUGAGGCUCUAGAAAUGGCCAGUAGGCUCGACGCCAGUGAUUACACGAUCUUUUCCGAUUCUAGGAGUGCGCUUCAAGCUUUGAAGGGCACUGAUAAGCUAUCGGGGUCGUACCUAAUAAUAAUGAUUAAAGAAAAAUUACGUAAACUAGAAGCCAGGGGGAAAAAAGUACAAUUUAAAUGGAUCCCAGCACAUAAGGGCAUAAAGUAUAACAAAGUAGUAGAUUUAGCGGCUAAGACUGCGAUCCGAUACGGUCGCGACACACAGAUUCUAAUCCCCGGCUCUGACCUGAAAGCCACUUGGCGCACUAUGAUGGGCGAUGAGUUUCAUGAAUGGUGGCAUUAA